CCCCCAUCCCGCAGCGGCUCAGUUGGGUGUCCUGUGUCCUGGGGCUCUCUGUCCACCGGCAUAUCGCCCCCAGGAAACCUCAGCCCUUCUCCCCCACACUGCUCACUCCCCCCGUGUCCAUCCUGAAAAGGGAGGGGUACCACAGCACGUGUGAGGGUCUCCGGGGUGCUGGCUGAGGGGCAGGGGUGGUGGUGAUGGGGCUUGGGUCACUGGGAUUGUGGGCACAGGCCCAGGCAGUGACCUGGAGGGACCACUGCACCUGCUCUUCUCUGAGCAGCACCCCUCCCCGGGACCUUGUGAAACACCCAGUGGUGUGGGGCGGGGGCCCCCGGGUGUCAGAUGCCGCAAGCCAGAGCCAUGGGGCGGUUACCCCAUCGUGGCGGGUGGGGCUGGGCCAGGCUCUCCAGCACCCACACCGCAGCCCCUCCAGCCUCUGAGACCGGCCUCGUUCCUGCCUGGCCACACGGUCCUGAGGGCCAGCAGGGCUUUGUUCCUGGCUGAGUUGCAGCAGGCAGGACCUUAGGACUCAGGCACAGGGCCACCGACUGGUCCCCUCCUGCAUUGGUGGCCCUGGCGGGCGGCGGGCUGUUGGCCUGGGGAGUGCGGGCAGCCAGCCGCGAGGGAGGGCGGCCCGCUCGGUGCUGAGUCAGCGUGAGUCGCCAGGACCGGCACCGCCUGGGGCAGCUCUGGGGUUAUUUUUAAAGCUCGCGGCUUCCUCCCAGCCUUGCCCCUCCUGCAUCUCCCCUCUGCCCCUUUGUCUCGCCCCUGCUCCUGCCACAACCUCCCUUCCCCUUCCCCAUCAGGCUUUGCUGACCCGGCUCCCUAGACACAGGCAGACAGGCAGCUGCCCAGCCCUGAGAGGAGAGGCGAGGCCACUUGGAGGAGGGCUGGCCCCACAGAGUGCCUGCUGGCUGUGCCCCCACCCCUGGGUUAUGACGACCCCCAGUAAAGGAAACAAGGCGUUGAAGGUGAGCAUGGGGUGGGGAGUGGGGAGCCCUGGGCCUGGGUGGCGGGCGCCCCGGGCCUGCGGUGACCCUGUGCCCCGCGGCUCCCAGGUGAAGCGCGAGCCGGGCGAGAAUGGCACCAGCUUGACGGACGAGGAGCUGGUGAGCAUGUCGGUGCGGGAGCUGAACCAGCACCUGCGGGGCCUGUCCAAGGAGGAGAUCGUGCAGCUCAAACAGCGGAGACGCACGCUCAAGAACCGUGGCUAUGCGGCCAGCUGCCGCGUGAAACGCGUCACGCAGAAGGAGGAGCUGGAGAAGCAGAAGGCGGAGCUGCAGCAGGAGGUGGAGAAGCUGGCCUCGGAGAACGCCAGCAUGCGGCUGGAGCUGGACGCCCUGCGCUCCAAGUACGAGGCCCUGCAGAACUUCGCCAGGACGGUGGCACGCAGCCCUGUGGCGCCGGCUCGGGGGCCGCUGAGCGCUGGCCUGGGGCCCCUGGUGCCCGGCAAGGUGGCCGCCACCAGCGUCAUCACGAUAGUCAAGUCCAAGACGGACGCCCGGUCGUAGGGGCGGGCGCCGCUGCCCAGGCGGGUCUUCCAGGGGCCACUAGACACGCGCGACGACGUGGGCAGCCCUGCCACCCAUCCCUCCUCUCCUUCCUGCUCCCCCAGCUCCCCCUUCUGCCUUCCCUACAAAGCACAACCCACACCCUGGGGCAUUGGGCUGGGCCCGUCGGAUCUCCUUGUGGUCUGUGUUUUGUGCGCUGGGAUUGGUCCCUGUAGCACCCAGCUCCCCUUUGCACCAAGGCCACGUGGGCAGAGGGAGCGCCCCAGGCAGGGAAGGCCCCUGUCCGCCCUGCCUUCCCCGUGUCCAGCAGGCUGCCAGGCAGUAGGGCACUGAAGGGCUCCCUCUCUGGGCCCCGGGUGGGAGGCCGGCCUGGAGCCUGGGGCCGAGGGAGCCCACGGUGUGCGCGUGUGUGGAGGGUGUGUCGGUGUGUCCUGCGUGUUGCUGUUUACAUGGCCUGUCUGUGUGGUUAGAUAGCCCUUUAUUUAAGAGAGAGAAGUUCCUUUUACGAAGUUAUUAAAUUAUAUGUUUAAAAAGUUAAAAGGAAAAACAAGAGCUGCAGAGUAUUUAUAAAAAUUGUCUUUAAAAAAAAAAGUCAGGAGAACAUUUGACCGUAUAAAUGAAAAAGGAAAGGAAAGUAUAAUAGAAACUUUGCUAGUUAAAAAAAAGGAAAAAAAAAUCCCUUUCUUGUAAACUUAUGGGCAACUCUUUGUGGCUGUUGGAGUUUAGUUUUUAUAUACACAGAGUUAUCAGACAUUAUUUAUAAAACUUAGUUUAAAAAAAAGACAAAAAAAAAAAAAGCAGCCCUCCGAGCCGGAGGCCCCUCUCUUUGGUAUCCUUUGCAACUUGUACCGGAAGUGACUUAGGCCCUCGCCCUCCGCUCCGUGCCGGUGCUGUGUCGUGCCUGGUGAGGUUUUGCCGUGCUCCUAGUGACCUUUGACCUGUGGGUGUCCCUGCGUGUGCGUGCGUAGCCCGUGUUUGUUUUUUUGGAUUCGGUUGUGUUUUAACCGACGCACAGCUCGACCAGGGCCGGGACCUGCUUGGGUCCCACGCGCCUGCUCCCCUACAUCCACCAGCCCAGGUGGCCCCCUCCCCUGCUGUCCUCUGCCUCCCGCGCCCUGCGCAGGGUGAGCAAUGCUGGGGGGCUUCCACACCCACCACCUCUGACCCAGGUGGUUGCUCUGCGGUGUCCCUGUUGUCUUCCUUCUGGCCAGGCCAGCUACGGGAAUGGGGACAGCCUGGGCUGGAGGACCCCAGGGGCCCACUGCCCGUCUCCCAGCCUGGUUCUCAGCUGCCGACGGUGCUUCCAGGGGCGAGGGCAGCCUCCGUGCCAGUGCCAGACAAGGGCUGUGCCCUGUUGGCCCGUGGCUCCGGGCCCUCUCCCACCUCCUUUGCGGGGCCGAGUCUUCCAGGGGUCAGGAGGAACUCCUCCCGGCUGCGCAGGUUGGCCUUCGGAGGCCCUGUGGGCGUGUGGGGUGCCCAUGGUGCCACAUGGCCUCUUGCCAGGGCUGCUGCUCACUCGCCAUGCUGGCCCCUGGGGGGCUCAGGAAAAGAUCACCUGGCAGGCUCUACUUGGUGGGCACCCCACGGGCUCCCAGCGGGCGUGUUGCGGCCCAGAGACCUCCGUGUAGACAUGGGGUCAUCUUGCAAGGAGGGCUCUGACUGCUGACCUACCCAAGAAGGCCAGGGACAAGCCUGCAAUAUCAUGGGCAGCCCCCGUAGCUUCUGCGGCUGCAGACUGGGUCGGGGGAGACAGGAGUGAGGAAGAGGCCUCAGGAUAGCAGUGACGGCCCUGGGGUCCCAGCUCUUGUCCCUGCCCCGCCGCCCCUCAGUUCUGACAGUAGGCCGUGCGUCCGUGCGUGGCUGUCUUGUGUCCUGGUUGUGUUGGUCCUGUUUCCUGCCGUGGGUGUUGUGUUUUUUCUUCUCACUUUUUCUUGACACAGCGAGUGCAGGAGGGCCUGGGCCCGGGCCGGCUCUCCCAGACUUGUCCGCCAAGUGAACCACAACACCACGCACGCCCCUCACAUCCCGCCUGCCUGUGCCCCAGCGCCUCCACACCCCACGGGGGCCCCAGAUGUCAGCAGGAGGGUCAGCCCUUCUCCUGGGUCCUGGGCUUCGUGUGCCAGCCUCAGGGGAGAGUGACCAGGCCCUGUACUGCGGGUCCCCCUGGCGUGGCCACAGCCUGCUGCACAGUUCAGCUCUGGGAUCCUGCGAGGUUUUUUCUUUUUCUUUUUAAGGCUGUGGUUGGGCGGGGGAACCUACACACUCACGAUCCCUCCGGAAGCCGCUGACUAGUUCCUUUUCCAAUGUGUCAUCUUCUGCUGGCCUCGGUCUUGGGCCUGCUGGAAGAGCAGAGGGCUAAUCGAUGCCACCCAGGCCGGUUAGGGCGUGCCCACGAGUGGGGCUACCGGUCCUGAGCGUGUGCACCUGCCAGGCCGGGCACAUUCUUUCCCCUGGAGCAGCAGCUCGGCGACCCGGGCCACCCUUGGGAUGUGGGCUAAACCGCCAGGGCCACCCUCGGUGACCCCAGCCCGGCCGGGAAGCAGAUCCUGUCGGUUCCCAGGCCAGGGCGGGGAGGAAGGAAGGCAAGGGCUUGGCCUCGGGGUCCUGCAUCGGCCUGCGCAGUAUUUAUUGCUAAAUUAUUGUCCAGGAGGGGCGGCGCUGGGCCUGGCCCCCGGGUAUUUAUUGCUGUACAUAGUGUAUGUUUGUGAUAUAUAAGGUUUUCUUUAUUUUGUAUAUGAUCAAUAAACACCUUUUAAAAA